AUGCCGUCGGUCUACGCCGUCGGUCUAAGGCGGCGAUCGGGAAGAAGGUACGGACGCCAAGACAAAUUCCCGGUCUUGCAGGGAGUUCGUGAGAUAUACGAGCACAUACAGGGACGGAUCAAGUAUUCAAGAUGGCCUGCUGUCGAUGAGCGCAUCGGAUUUGAAUUUUGA